AUGGACAGAAUGGGCUUCAGAAUUGAGAGCAACGUACUGCUGAACAACGCCACUGGACUUCGCGCGGAUCACAACUUAAGGCAGCGCUUGGUGAGGCACAUCCUUGCCAAGGAGCAUCACCGAGGCAAUGUUGAGCCGUGGAAUCAGCAGUUUCCAGGCACUGAGCCAAUGCGCAGUGAUUGGGCAAGACGCCCGGAGGUGACAGAAGUGGAUGUGAUGGCCACCCUUGAUCCUCAGACAAAACCACCAGGUGAUCAAUUCUGCGGAUUCACCUGUGAAUUCAAAAGCUUGACAGUCCGCACUUUUCGUGAGCGGUUGCAGGGCAGAGAUUGGCUGAUUGAAAUCUCAGGCCCCUCUGGCAAUAGCAUUCGGAGGCGUGACAAGACCGAUCAGCUGAAGCGCUUGAGCACGCACGCUGCAACAAUCAAGCCCCCUGCAGGCGUGGCCCUUUUUUACAAUGGCAGUGAUCCCAACGCACCACCUCCAGUGGAAGGAAAUGUAUCCAGCGAUAUUGUGAUGAUGCACUUCCUGGAGAAGAUUGUCCUGGAGCUGCCUGAAAAGUUGAAAGACCAGGAACUGCAGGUGAGAGACCAGUUACUGCAGGCAACCAUCCUGGAGCGGCGUGAGCAGAAACAGUUGCUGCAGAGAAAAGAUCAGGAACUGCAGGCGAGAGACCAGUUACUGCAGAACAAAGACAAGGAAUUGUGGCAGUUAAAGAUUGCCAUUUUGUAUUGUAUCUAUUUCGCCCUCCCCGAGUUUGCCUAG